CGGCGGCGGCGGCGGCGGCGGCGGCGGCGGCUCUUAGCCGAGUUUUGCCUCCGCGUCCCCGCCAGCCCCGAGCCCGCGGGGGCAGACGGUCCGUCCCGGCGUGCGAGAGGAUGGUGAUCCGCGUGUUCAUCGCCUCCUCCUCGGGUUUCGUGGCGAUAAAGAAGAAGCAGCAGGAUGUGGUUAGAUUUCUGGAAGCCAACAAGAUAGAGUUUGAGGAGGUGGAUAUCACAAUGUCAGAAGAACAGAGACAAUGGAUGUACAAAAACAUUCCCCCAGAAAAGAAGCCUGCUCAGGGCAACCCUCUGCCGCCUCAGAUAUUUAAUGGUGACCGAUACUGUGGAGAUUAUGACAGUUUUUUUGAAGCAAAGGAAAGCAACACGGUCUAUUCAUUCUUAGGCCUGAAACCACGAUUGGCAUCAAAGGCAGAACCUUAGAGAAGACAAGUGGAAGAUAACGGAGAUGCAUUUUGGAGUGCCCCCUGGUACUCAGCACACACCUGCUUACCUAAUGCGUCACUGUGACUAAAGCCACGUGCAUCAUCAGUAACUUUGCUUGCCAUGGAAAAGGUGUUUUUGGAAGACAUGGGUAUAAUGGGAUUGCAUGAUUGCUUUAAACCAAAUCAGGACUGUGGUGGUUUUUUUCUUAUUUUCAGGGUUGCCUGCAGUUGCCUCAUUCACCUGGAGGUACUCUAACCUGUUACAGGUGUGCUUCCUUAACGACUAAAAGAUAAAUGGGUAGCACCAUUGGAAGGAAAAUGUUGGAUCUGCCCUAGGUUGUAGCUGAUGCCAGUAUUGCUCAGACCUGCCUCUCUUUAAGCGGCCUGGGUUGUAUCCUUGAAAUUAGUUUGCCAGACUCUUAGAAUCUUUUGAUCAGACAGAAAAAAAAGCAAUGCUGGUUGACAAAGGGCUGAAGAUUUUUGCUGCAAAAGUCACAACCAUCACUAUUCUAGUGCUUUGUAAUAGCACCUGUAGAAAAAGAUGCUCCAGCCUCCUUUGGCGGUGGACACUCUUAUUUCCAUAAAUCCUCCAGACUCCUACAGAUGUUUCCAAAAACCACUGUCGCAACAUGUGUGAUCAGGACCAAGUUACAGGGUUAAAAAUAGUUGGUGUUUUGGAAAAGAAAGCGUUCUUCAUCUCUUGCAAGGGAAAAGUUUCAUUUAAAUGUAAAAGACAGCGUAAAAGGUAUAUUUUAGGAGGUGAACUAAUUAGAUAGUAAAUUUAGAGGGAAAUGAUCUGACUCCUAUCUGAAGGGAUUUUCAGCUCUAGCAACUUAUUUAUGCACAAGUAACAUAUUUUUAAAUGCAGCUUCCCUAACAGGUGCUUAUUCUAUUUUGUGAAUGGAUUAUAUAUAUAUAUAUUUUUUUUUUUUUGAGAAAGGAAGAUCUUGGUUAGAUAUCUUUUGUGAGCCCUUGAUGAGGCAUAUGAAAAGAUACUAAUAUUGGGGUACAGUUUCAUUUUUUUCCUCGGUUGCUUUUCACCGGACCUCUAACAGCUUGCUCUUAUUUCUGGCCAAUGUACAGUCCCAGAUUUUUCAGAGUACUGCAGAUACAUGUUCCCAUUCUAUACAUGGAUACCAGUGAGCUUUCAGAGCAGUGUAUUUGAGAAAGGGGCUGUCAGAGAAUAUCUCUGAAUUGUACUUGGCACGCAGAAUCUCUACUCCCUUUGGACCAGAUGCUGAACAUGUCGACUUCCUUCAGGCAGAGACUACUUUUCUCCAUCCUUGUCCCUGCUUAUGGUCUUUAGAGUUUGUAGUUGCCAUACAUAAACAGUCUUGAAUAGGAUAAAUUCUUAGAGGGUUGCCUAGAAUAUUCUGCUUUUCUCAGCAUCUUGAUGCUGGACCUGCCGUUCAGAUGCUGAGCGGGAUGUAAGAAAUUGAAAGGACAUAAGAAUGAAAGCCCUGUCCCCUGUGUUCUCUCACCCUCCACUAAGUAAAUGCCGACCGCUCUGAAGGACUGGUCGAAUGCGGGCGCUGAAAUCCCAGCCUGAGAUUUGCAGCCCAGGACUACAACCAGAAGAAGAACAUGCCACAGAUUUCAACUUGACUGGAACCGAUACAUGAUCCACAGUUUUCUCUCCAAGGAGAGCUGUUGUGAAAUCAUGGGUAUUACUGCUUAGUUGGCAUUAAAUAAGAUCCAGGUCAAAUUCCAUUUGAGAAAUCCCAGGGACUAUCCAGGAAACUUUUAUUUUGAACUGGAUAUUGUGUUUGAGUAAAUGUGUCUUCUGAUAAGACUUAGAAUUUCAUUUGCAGAUACAACAAUUUUAAAAAUUUAAUGCUACAGUGAUCUAACUUACAUUUAAUCUGCUCUUGCUGAUGAGCACCAAGAGCCAACUUGGUAAGAUUGAGGCCUUGCAAGUUAAAUUCUGGGGUUGGGGGAUCAACAUGAUACUUGCUAGACAAAGAUAGCUGUUCAGAUUUGUUCAUCUUAAAGCUUUUGCAUUACUGUGGUUAUCGCAGGACCAGAAUGGUUCUUCUAAACAGACUAGAUGGAUGAUUUUGCUAAAUUGCUACCAGUCACACAUCGUCGACAUCGUCUUCCCCUCUGCUCAUUAUUAUUAUUAUCAUUAUUUUAAAAUCAGCAUAGAAAGAGGAGAGACCAGCCCUGGCUGGUACUGUGCUUGUUAUGAGCGAGGUAGAAGCACACUAUGUGGCAUUUGCUGCAAUACCCAGGCUCUGCAGAGUACUGACAUUUUGCCCUCUGGGAACACAUUGUGUUUAGAGAAUGCUGUCUCUUUUCCUUGUACUGUUUUACCAGCUAAAUUCCAAACAUGUAAUGAUUUCCUGUUCCUUUCUUUAACUAGCUGCCUUUAGAUUUGAAUAUUCACAGUCUUAAAAACCUAGGAAAGAACUAGGUGGGAGUUACAGAUGUAGAUGUAAUAUCAAAGGCAUUUCAUGACAGAAUUUUUAUUUCCUGUAGUAGGCUUAUUGGGACAAAGGAAAUGUGCUGCUAAAAAUAAAAUUAUGCCAGUUUAAAAUUAGAUAAAAUACAGAGUGCCAUCCUGCUAGGUAUAUGCAGACCAAAAGAAAAUUUAGUUGGGGAAAUACUUAUUUUUCCAAAUUCUGGUGUUCUGUUAAAAUCAAAGAGGAGAAAAGGAAGAUUUUUUUCUCUCUCAGGCUCUAAUAUAUUUUAGAUUUGUUUCUGUUUCAUAGAUUUCCUCCAGACACCUAGCUGUUUUUGUAUUACAUGAAUUUAAAAAUGAACUAAAUUUAUUUUUGUCUUCUGUUAUUGAAAGGUACCAAAGCCUCUUUCUGUUUGUUUUUUUUUUUUAAUUUGAUUUUGCUAUGUAGGGUUUUGCUUUUUCUAGAAAUACUUUUCAUUUAACAGCAUUUCUUAAGUGUCAGGGCCCACUUUGAUGUGCACAAUUGUUUUUAGAUUUCAGUGUGUAUGCGUUUGUCUCUAAAGGUACUGGUGCAAUCUCAGAUUUUAUAUUCAGCAUUAAAGAGAAAUAAAUUCCAGAAAACACAUAGUCUGAAAAUGGAGUGUUUGUUCCCUACCAUAUCUUAAUACCUUUUCUAAUUUUAGUUCUGUGUUUGCUUGAAACCUUCCUGUUUAGUUGGGAUGUUAUACUUAUACUCCCACUCAUGAAUCUCAUACCCGAAUGCUGCAGAUUAGUUGUAAAAACGCGGACGGAUCAUUUGCCCAUUAGAGGAGACAAACAUGUAUGUGGUCCUGUGUUGCAUGUGUGUUGGAGGUGAUCACAGAAUGCUCUCAGGCAGUGACCAGGGCCAAGGAAGCAUUAAAUCUCUGGUUCCCUUCGUGGGUUCCAAUAGAUGAUUGUGGUUUCCUGAGUACACCGAAGCCAUGGACUGGUGGAUUUGUUCCCUUAAUUGGGUGCAAAAACCCAAGUACAGUGUAGCUGCCACCCUUAGAUAGCAGGGCCCCCCUUGAGGCAGCCCUCUCUGAAAACAGAAGACACUUCUGAAGGCAGAGUCGGAGGCUGAUCUUGUCACUGAACUAUUUCAGACCUUAAACACCAAGACCGAAGGAGGGUAAAGGAGGAGAUAAAAGAGAACAGGCUGUAAGUCUGAAGGAAAUGUGCUAAAUUGUGAAACCAAACAAGCCAGGUAAUCACUGCCCACUUAUACCCCAGAUUUUCAGUUUUCCUAGUUCUUCUAGAAAUGCAGGUCAGGUUGGUUUGGUCAUCCUUUCAAUAAGCAUGUGUUGAGCUCCUGGAAUGUAAUGGGUACUGUCUGAGCAGGACAGCAGUCUCUAUCCUGAAGAAGGAGAAAAACAGAAUCAGGGGCAGCAGUUACUGCUGAGUGAUGAAUGAUAGAGUUGAGGUCAGUUCGUGGCGCUCCGUUCGUCAUCCGGAGAGACGUUAUGUGUAAUCUUUGUUUGUUACAACCCUUCCAGGCUUUAAAAUUAUUUCAUGCAAUGGAAUAUAUAUGCAUACAUCUAUACACACACACUAAAAUAUAAAGAGUAAUAAACCCCUGUGUGCCUGCCACCAGCUCAUUGCCUUUUCUUUGAGGCACUGAGUGCUCUUCUUGGGCCCUCUCCCAUCCCUGUCUGAGAGUAGGAGCCCCUCUCCUGAACUCUGUGGAUCAUAGCCUUUCUCUCCUUUAUCAUUUUACCUCCUUUAUCAUAUGUACUUUAAAUAAUAAUAAUAAGUGGCAUAUAAACUGUAUUCUUCUGUCACUUUAUGUUCAUUGCAGUUGGGCAUUAUCAUUUUGUAACAAAUGUCCUGGUUUAUUUUCAUGGCUAAGUACUACUUCAUUGUAUGGCUGUAUCACAGUUUUUCCCUUCUCCUGUCGCUGGAUAUUGAACUGCAUCUUUCUUUGAAAUAGAAAAAGGCAGUGUUGCUAUGAACAUUCUUUUAUAUGACUUCUGGUGCACAUAACCAAGACUGGAUGUAUACCUUGAAUAGAACUGCUGUGUCGUACAAUAAAGCACAUUAUCAACUCUUAACAGAUAAGGCCAAAUUGUUUUCCAAAGUCAUGGUACCAGCUUACAGUUUAACUGGUAUCCUAGAAUUUUCAGUACUCUAGAUCCUCGCCAACGUUCGGGAUCAUCAGAAUCAAAUUUUUGCCAAGCCGAAAAAUGUAAAAUGGUAUCUCAUUGUGGUUUCAUUUUGCACAUAUUUGAUUACUAAUAAAUUGAACAUGUUUUAUUAUGGUAAUUCCUAA